GACUCAAAAAUGUUCAAACAGUUUUAAGUACCCGAGAAGGAAAAGAUUAACAAGUCAAAGAAUUCUGAGAAAGUUGGAGAGCAAGAAUGGAAGUGUUUAGCUUUGAGAGACAGAUUAAGCAUUACAGCAGCUAUCAGAAGAUACUCUUAUUGGGAGAAGGAGACUUCUCUUUUGCCGUUUGCUUAGCCAGAGCUUUUGGCUUGGCUGUCAACAUGGUUGCGACUUCUCUCGACUCCAGAGAGUCUUUGAUGCUGAAUUAUUCAAAAGCUAUGAGCAAUGUGAUGGAAUUAGAGGCCAGGGGAUGCAAAGUAUUGCUUGAGGUGGAUGUCCACAGCAUGAGCCAACAUCCUUUCUUAAUUAGUGAACGCUUUGAUCGCAUAAUAUAUAAUUUUCCCCACGUCGGUUACUUGCACGGUCCCUUUUCUGCUGAAUGCAUCUGGUUCCAAAAUCGGUUUCAUCAGGAUUUGAUCAGGGGAUUCCUCAAGAAUGCAAGCGAAAUGCUUACCGCGAUAGGAGAAAUUCAUGUGACACACAAGACAACAUUUCCUUUCAGUGAAUGGAAAACAGUGGAGUUAGCACAAGAGGUUGGGUUAUAUCUUGUUCAUGAAGAACAUUUCUCACUAUUGGAUUAUCCAGCUUAUGAAAAUAAGAGAGUAGCUUGGAUUUGUGAUCAAACUUUUCCUGUGGGAAUGUGUAUAUCCUUCAAAUUUUCCAAGCAACACAGUUAUACCACUUCCGGUUUCGACCUUGGCAUUACUGCUUCGGGUCCAUGGUCUGGAUAUCCUGGAAUUAAUGGUCCUCAAAUGCAACGUGAUGUUACUUGGAUUAUGCCAAAAUAUACAAGUACUAUUGAAUAUAGCAAGGCUUAUAACAGUUAUCAGAAGAUACUCUUAGUGGGAGAAGGAGACUUCUCCUUUGCAGCUUGCUUAGCUAGAGCAUUCGGCUCUGCUGCCAACAUAGUUGCAACUUCUCUCGACUCCAGAGAGUUUUUAAUGGUGAACUAUUCAAAAGCAAUGAGCAACUUAAAGGAAUUAGAGGACAGGGAAUGCACAAUAUUGCAUUGUGUGGAUGUCAAAACAAUGAACCUUCAUCCUCUCCUUUAUAAUAUGCGGUUUGAUCGCAUAAUCUAUAAUUUUCCUCACUCUGGUUACUCGAAUGGUCCCUCUUCAUCUGAAUCUAGCAUUUUCCAAAUUUUGUCACAUCAGAAUUUGGUACGGGCAUACUUCAAGAGUGCUCGAGAAAUGCUGACUGAAACAGGAGAAGUUCAUGUGACACACAAGACAACAUAUCCGUUCUCUUUUGCCGUUUGCUUAGCCAGAGCUUUUGGCUUGGCUGUCAACAUGGUUGCGACUUCUCUCGACUCCAGAGAGUCUUUGAUGCUGAAUUAUUCAAAAGCUAUGAGCAAUGUGAUGGAAUUAGAGGCCAGGGGAUGCAAAGUAUUGCUUGAGGUGGAUGUCCACAGCAUGAGCCAACAUCCUUUCUUAAUUAGUGAACGCUUUGAUCGCAUAAUAUAUAAUUUUCCCCACGAUUUGAUCAGGGGAUUCCUCAAGAAUGCAAGCGAAAUGCUUACCGCGAUAGGAGAAAUUCAUGUGACACACAAGACAACAUUUCCUUUCAGUGAAUGGAAAACAGUGGAGUUAGCACAAGAGGUUGGGUUAUAUCUUGUUCAUGAAGAACAUUUCUCACUAUUGGAUUAUCCAGCUUAUGAAAAUAAGAGAGUAGCUUGGAUUUGUGAUCAAACUUUUCCUGUGGGAAUGUGUAUAUCCUUCAAAUUUUCCAAGCAACACAGUUAUACCACUUCCGGUUUCGACCUUGGCAUUACUGCUUCGGGUCCAUGGUCUGGAUAUCCUGGAAUUAAUGGUCCUCAAAUGCAACGUGAUGUUACUUGGAUUAUGCCAAAAUAUACAAGUACUAUUGAAUAUAGCAAGGCUUAUAACAGUUAUCAGAAGAUACUCUUAGUGGGAGAAGGAGACUUCUCCUUUGCAGCUUGCUUAGCUAGAGCAUUUGGCUCUGCUGCCAACAUAGUUGCAACUUCUCUCGACUCCAGAGAGUUUUUAAUGGUGAACUAUUCAAAGGCAAUGAGCAACUUAAAGGAAUUAGAGGACAGGGAAUGCACAAUAUUGCAUUGUGUGGAUGUCAAAACAAUGAACCUUCAUCCUCUCCUUUAUAAUAUGCGGUUUGAUCGCAUAAUCUAUAAUUUUCCUCACUCUGGUUACUCGAAUGGUCCCUCUUCGUCUGAAUCUAGCAUUUUCCAAAUUUUGUCACAUCAGAAUUUGGUACGGGCAUACUUCAAGAGUGCUCGAGAAAUGCUGACCGAAACAGGAGAAGUUCAUGUGACACACAAGACAACAUAUCCAUUCAGUGAAUGGAACAUAGUGACGUUAGCGCUAGAGGCUGGGCUAUUUUUGGUCAAUGAAGAGAGUUUCUCAUUAUGGAAUUAUCCAGGUUAUCAGAAUAAGAGAGGGGCUAGGAUAUGUGACCAAACUUUUCCUGUUGGAAAGUCUAGCACCUUCAAAUUUUCCAAGUACCCUCCGUACUGCUUCCAGUUUCCUCCUCAGCGGUUCGAGAGUACUAGUAGUCCAUGGUUGAUGCUCUAGGCCACAUCAUGCUUUGUUUUAGUUUAUUUGAAGUUUGUUGUGAUUUUGAACCCUGUAAUGUUUAAGCAAGUGAAUUUCGUAAGCCGAAUUGUUUUCUGUUUAAUGCAUCAGUAGAGUUGAAACAUUACUGGUUUUCCAGCAAGGCAAAAAUUUAUUAAAUAACACAACAUG